ACUCAACAAUCCUUGACGACUCAUAAUAACGGCGCGUUUCUCAUUCCAGGAGGCUACGAGAACUUCCAUUCCCAUUACCCCGAGCUUUGCACUGAAACCAAGUCUGUGGAUCUGAGCGAAGACAAAAGUGAAAGAGGCGUCAGCAGUCACUGUGACAAACUGGGUUCUCGCCACAAACCAGACUAUGAUCAGGGACGGCCGGUGGAGAUCUUGCCUUUCCUAUACCUGGGCAGUGCUUAUCACGCCUGCAGACAGGACUAUCUCAGUGACCUCCGCAUUACAGCGCUGCUGAACGUCUCACGCAGGGACUCGCGGCCCGCCAAAGGACUGUAUGACUACAAAUGGAUCCCGGUGGAGGACAGUCACACAGCAGAUAUCAGCUCACACUUCCAGGAGGCCAUAGAUUUUAUUGAACGUGUGAAAGCAGAGGGAGGUAAAGUGCUGGUCCACUGCGAGGCUGGAAUCUCUCGUUCUCCCACCAUCUGCAUGGCGUACAUCAUGAAAACCCAACGGUUGCGCUUGGAGCAGGCCUUUGACGUUAUCCGACAGCGGCGUGCCAUCGUCUCGCCCAAUUUUAGCUUCAUGGGUCAACUACUGCAGUUCGAGUCGGAGGUGGUUUCUUCCACGCCUCCGUCCGUCACUCCUGCCGCCCAAGAGACGCCCACCUUCUUUAGUGGUGACUUCACGCUCGAAACCGAGAACUUCGAGUCCUCGGUUUUCACCUUCCCUACCUCCUUUCUGACACCAAUGCCCAUCCAGUCCUCGGUUCACCAGUUCAAACUGAGUCCAAUAACUGCGCUGCCUUAAAAUGGCUGCCUGACUCAUCGCAGUCUCAGUGUACUUGAAAAAUAAUGGAUGGGCAAACUGAAAAAAAGCAAUGGACUAUCACAGGGAAUAAAAAUGCUUAUGUUUUCAUAUUUU